AUUUCAAAGGCGGUAAUUCAGUCGUCCGUGGUGUCAUUUACCUUCAAUACAUUUCGAUUUGUCAAUGUUCAUAAAUCGCUCUAGUAAAUAAACCAUGACACAAGAUGAUAUGAUAUAUACAAUAAUACUUAUAUUGUCCCUGGUUACUGGGCCAUUAGUCCAAAAAUGUGGGAAAUAUCGACCUUGGUUCGCGGCUGUUGUAGGGUUUCUUAUGUUUUUCUGUUUUGCGGGACAAGCUGUAUGGCAUUCACUCCUGACAUCGUCUGUAUUCACAUUGGCCUUUAUUCUUUUUCCUGCAAGAUUUUUGCAUUACGUAGCUGUUGUAUGGUGCUUUGGUUAUUUGGGAUUUUUUCGAACUUGUCACUAUUUCGGAUUCUCUCAGGUUACUCCUGUCGCAAAUAUUGUGCAGCUUUUAUUGACCUUACGUUUAAUAGGUGCAUCAUUUGAAAUAAGUGAUAGUUGGCGAAUAAACAAUCAAUUACAAAAUUCUGAUUUGCACCCACAGGAUAAAAGCAAACUUGAACUUCUAAAAAAAUAUAAAUGUAUCGAGCCUUCUCCACUGAUGAUUAUGUUGUAUGCCUAUUGCUAUAUUGGUUUAUUUACAGGUCCAUAUUACAAUCUGAAAACGUUUGAAGACUUUUGCAAUCGGGAUUCUGAAACCGUAAUAACUGCAGAAGAACCUCUUCUUCAACACCUUCAAGAAGCACCUCCAUUCGGUGUAGCUUAUUUAAUACUUUCUCACUUUUAUACUGUUGAUUAUGUACGCACUGCAGAAUUCUAUGAUCGACAUUUCCUGUAUCGAUUUUUUUAUAUGAUGGUUAUUUUCUUUACCUUCCGAAUGCGAAUUUAUUUUGCUUGGAAAAUGUCUGAGUGCGUGUGUAUAUCCGCUCGUUUAGGUGCAUAUCCUAAAUUAUCUGAACCUGAAAAAGGUGAAGGACCAACUAAUCUACAUGCAUUAGAUUUAUACAUGGAACAACAGGCAGCCAAUGAUGUGAAAUUAAACAGCGUUAUAAACCAGUCCAAUCAUCUUCAUCGUCAUCAAACUUCUGACCCUGUCAAUUCUGUUAUUCAUUCCACACUAAAAAAUAAACCGAAUUUUGAAAUGAAGUCAGAGACAAAUGUAAUAUAUAAUUAUAAUACAAUAUCCAACUUAAGUAUAUGGGGAUGUGAAUUCGCUCCUACAGUACGUGAAUCGAUGAAAUCGUGGAAUUGUUCGGUGCAAUUUUGGUUGGCCAAUUAUUUUUAUAGACGUUGCAAAGCUUCACGAAAUAUACGGCAAGUGAUUCAUUUGGGCGAUUCAUUCUAUUUUUUAAUCCCUUAUCAAUUAAGAAACUCAAUUGAUGCCCGAGUAUUUUGUAUCAGUAAUUUGUUUGGAAUUUUCUUCUUAAUGAAUUCAUUAUGCUUUGCGAAUAAGUCAUAUGUUCUAUUAAGGCUUAAUAAUACUGUUUAAUCACACGAACCAAAAUAAUUGAUGGGGUGUCUAGACCUGUUAGGGAUUGAUAAUUUCUACCAUUUAUAUAAAGCUUUUUAGUUGUGGUCCAAAAUUAUUAUUCAACAAUCUAACGAUUUAGACACCAUUUAGUCUUGUUUUUUGAUAUAUAAUGCCUGUGUCAAUUAUUCUUUUCAUUCAUUCUUUUUAUUAUGUAAAUUUCUACAGGACAUUAUGGACAAUGAUGGUUAGUGCCUAUUGGCAUGGUUUACAUGCAGGUUAUUAUUUAUCCUUUCUGGUCAUCCCACUUGCAUUAGUUGGUGAGACAAGUCUAAAAAAUAUAAUGAAUUUAUGCGCAAAUAGUCUACCAACUGGUAGUGUAUCAUUUAUUUCAUGGUUAUUAAAAAUGCGUGUCUUUGAAUAUUGUUGUAUGGGGUUUUUAUUAUUAGACUGGGAGACUACCAUUGCUUAUUGGUCCAGUAUUUAUUUUUGUAUUCAUAUAGUUUUAAUUGGAUUGAUUAUUUUCGACUAUUUUCUACGACUUAUAUUACCAGCUAAAGCAUUUAAAAUUGUAUCUUCAUUAGAUUCAUCUACCGUUUCAUCAUUAUCAUCUGAUAUGUUUGUUGUUAAUAAUGACACAGUUGGUGAUCGAUCAUCAACGCUUCAUUCUCAUCAUCGUCCUAAUUAUAAAUCAAAAAUGUAAAUUAUUGCAUCUACAUAUAUUAUAUAAAAAUCUUUUACUAUUAUUUGAUAAUUAUUGAACAAUGAAAAUAGCAUUUUGUGUUUCCCCCUCUUUUUUUGAAAAGAAAAGAUUUCAUUAUUUUCAUGUUUAUUUUAUCCUCUUCAUAGAUAGAGUUAGUCAUUUUUUCCACUCUCUAAGUGUUAUCUUGAUAUUUCUAUUUAGAUGUUAUCACUUUAGUUGUUCUCUGUUUCGUAUUGUCAAUUCAUUUCAUUCUGAUAUUAUCAUUAUUAUUAUUGGGAUUUUACCGCUCUCUUAUCUGAUGUUCACGAAUAUAUAUAUGUGUCCAUCAUGGGAAGCAUUGCGAAAUUGUGGCUUUGUAUUUUAUAAAACAACAAUAAUAUCAGUAUCAAAAAGGAUAAUUAUGUGUUUAAUUAUUCUUAUCAUUUACCUUUUUUCUUCUUUUCUUGUAGUAUUUUCUUUUAUAAAAUUUUCUUUCUUCAAAAUACAUUAAUUUGAUACUUACUAAUUUCAAAGAGAAGUAUUCUCAAAUGAACCAAUAUGUUUCCUACUAACAAUUUAAUUUGUAUUAUUAUGUUCAGUAAUUAUAUACGCAUACAGUUUUUUCUGAUUAUCUCUUCUGAUAUAAUAAGAGUUGUUUCAAAUUAUAUGAAGUAGAAAAAAAGAGGAACGAGAAAACUUCGAAAGAAAAGCUUUUUUUACUUUAAAUUUAUUUUCCUCUUUUUUAAAAUUACAAACUUUCAAAUGGAUACUUAUGAAUAACAUGAAAUUACCUAUACAUAUGUAUUAUUUGUUCCCUCAGAGAUAAAUAUCUAACAACAAUUUAGU